GUGUAGUACCGGUAGUCUUGGCAAUGUGACGGACGCGUUUUUGUCACGCUAAUAAAACGUACGCAGUUGGAAAAAAUUUGCGAAGUUGAAAAAAAUAUUUGAAAAUUUGCGAAAAAGUGAAUUUUGUAUUAUAUAAGUGGAAGUGAAAGUCUUCAAUUUGCACAUUAAAUACUUAAACUAUAUAUAUUUAUACAAAAUAUUUACAAAAAACAACAAAAUAAUUAGCAUAAACUGCUGAAAGUGUUAUACACACACACACAGAACUUCCGAUUUAUUGAGAGUAAGCAAGAAGAAAGUAAAACAACAAAAACUACCAACUUGCAGUCCAGUUUUGUGAACGAAGUUUACAUUAUUUACACUUCGAAGCGAUUAUUUAUUUGUGCGCUGUCAAAUUUGUAAAGCAACAACAGUCGACGCGCAGCUUCCAAAAGCGAAAUAUUUUACAACAAACAGCAGAACCUAAACUACAAAGUCAAGGUAAAUCACAGACAAAAAAGAAACAACAAAACACCUCAGCGCUUGUAAGCAAAAGACAGCCGAAGAGCAUUAAGCGUAAAAAGUUAGAAAAACAAAGUGUGGAGAGUGAGCGCUAAGCAACAACAACGUACUUCUACUAAAAAAGAACAACAAAAAAACUAUACCCUUUAAUACAAAAAAGAAAAAAGGAGGAGUUACACAAAAAAAUCUCAACUGUCCUGUCUACAAGAACACAACUAUAUACAAGUUAUUGUAUAAAUUUUGAUUUGUGUUUUACGUCGUAAAUUAAUGAGCAACAUGCGUCAAAAGGAUUUGCGCCCAGCACCAGCUCUUAUCGAGUUUAAGGGCAUGAAGUUCCUAAUCACCGAUCGGCCAUCAGAUGUAACCAUCCAUCAUUAUAUAACGGAGCUCAAGAAGAACAACGUCAGCACUGUGGUACGCGUAUGCGAACCCAGCUAUAAUACGGACGAGCUCGAAGCUCAGGGCAUUACAGUUAAGGAUUUAGCAUUCGAGGAUGGCACUUUUCCGCCACCUCAGGUUGUUGACGAAUGGUUCGAGAUUUUGAAGCAAAAAUUUAGCAAUAACAACACCGUAACUCACUCCGCAAGUACGCCUUCGACGCAUCGAAGCGCAUCGGUUUCAUUUUACAAGAAUAAAAGAUUUUCACUGAAACAUAAACAUAGAAAUGAUUAUGAGAAUUUAGAGAAUUGUAGUGUUAUGAACAACAAUAGCAACAAUGGUAAUGGUAAUGACACUGAUAGGACAGCCGAUACAAAUGCCAAUGCCAAUAAUGAUGAAUGCGAUAAUAAUGAACAUGAAAAUGCCACUUGUAGGUAUCAACAAAAUCCGGAAGCUUGCGUUGCUGUACAUUGCGUUGCCGGUUUGGGACGUGCACCGGUUUUGGUCGCAUUGGCGCUAAUUGAAUUGGGACUCAAGUAUGAGGCAGCUGUGGAGAUGAUAAGAGAUAAACGACGAGGCGCCAUCAAUGCCAAACAAUUGUCAUUCUUGGAACGGUAUAAGCCCAAGGCAAGGCUAAAGCACAAAAAUGGCCACAAGAAUUCAUGUUGCGUGCAAUAGAUUUUCCAAAACCAUAUAAAUUCCCACCAGAUGAAAAGUGUUCAUUUUUAAAGAAGAAAAAACAAAAACAAAACAAAAAACAAGCAGAAGUUUAAAAAACCCAAUAAAUGUGAAAUAUAUACAACAUUAAUGAAAACAGCAAACAGCAGCAAAAGCAACAACAACAACAAUAGUAACAACGCAAUACAACAACAGUAACAACAACCAAACAGCAAUAAAUAAUGAGAACUCCAACAUUUAAUGGCCGCAAGCAGCAGUGCAUUAACACAUGAGAGAAAACAGCAGACAUCGUAAGAAGCAACAACUACAACAACAAUAACAACGAGUUAAACAACCAGUGCAUUGGAAGCUCUCAUCUCGGCUUUGCAGGCAGCGCAAACACAAUCAAUCAAUCAAUUAUAUAUAAACAAACACAUGAAAAAUCUGAAACUGGCAGCAGGCCAUUAAGCAACAGCAAGCAGCGGCAGCAAAAGCAACAGCAACAACAAUAAGAAACCCAUAAAACACCAAUAACGGUCAGCUAUGAAUGUUGUAGCCUAUAAUUAGGCGCUACAACAGGCGCCGCUUCUACCUUCCGCUUUGGCGCUUUUCUAUACUUUCUCCCAACAUUUACAGGGCGCGUGGUAGCGAGUGGCACGUGCGCAUUGUACAUGUGUGUGUUUUAACAUGCUGUUAAUUGUACUUCCAAGCACACACGCGCGCAGCGAUUCGCAAGCACUAGCUACCAAGCGCUUGUAAACACCAAAACAACAACAAUAGCAAUAGCAAUAGCAGCAACACCACUUUGAAACUGACAAUGAACGCCAACAAACAACACUUUUUUGACUUUAAAGUUCACUUUUUAUUUGAUGAUGAUUAUAUAUAAAUAAUGAUGUUCUAAAUGAAUGAAGCAGAAAGAUAUUUGAAUUUUAUUUUUUAUUAAACUUAAGGCAUAAAAAUUAAAAAAAAAAUAAAAAUUAAAAUUACAAAAAAAAAAGAAAAGAUGAAACACGUUUUUUGUAAGUGCAACAACAGCAACAACAUAGAGCUAGUAGUAAACUGAGAAUGUAAAGACGCAAAACGAAAACAAUUUAAUUAUUAGUUUUAAUGUUAAAUAAAUAAAGAAUAAAGCUGAUGCAGAAGAAAAAAAAACGUCAAACAUAUUUAUAUACAUACUAACAAACUGCAAUGCGUAGUUUUCUGUUCGUUUCGUUUCAUUACUAUUUUUGUGUUUUUGUUUUCUUUCAAUAUAUUUUUAAUUUAAUUUUUUCACUCCACUUACUUUCAUUUUUCUUUUUUUUUUUUUGUUUUUGUAAACAAUUAGUAGUGUGUACGUACUCAUGUAUUUGUACUUAUAAACAAUUGUAAGCAUUAUGCAUAUGUGUGCAACAAUAAAAAUAAACAAACAGUAAACAUUAUAAUAUUAAUAACAAAAACAACACAAAAACAAAAUAA